GCACCCUCUAGGCUUUGUUGCAUUACCGAUUCGGUCUUGGAUUCAGGUCGGGAAAAAGGAAAGAAAUUUUCCUGCACUUUCUUGGGAAGAUUGAAUUGGAAAAUGGGAAGGCAACCUUGUUGUGAUAAGGUGGGAUUGAAGCGUGGUCCAUGGACCAUAGAGGAAGACCACAAGCUCAUGAACUUCAUCCUCAAUAAUGGCAUUCAGUGUUGGAGAACAGUCCCUAAACUUGCAGGCCUGCUGAGAUGUGGGAAGAGUUGCAGAUUAAGGUGGAUUAAUUACCUGAGGCCAGAUCUCAAGAAGGGUGCUUUCACUGAGAUGGAAGAGAACCAAAUAAUUCAGCUUCAUUCGCGUCUCGGCAACAGGUGGUCAAAGAUCGCUUCACAUUUCCCUGGUCGCACAGACAACGAGAUCAAGAACCAUUGGAACACGAGGAUCAAGAAGAAGCUGAAGCAACUUGGACUAGACCCCACCACUCACCAGCCAAUUAUAGAGGAAGAUCACAGCAAAAAUGGUGAUGAAGAGGACCAAACCAAUUCAUCUAAAGAAGAAGAGGGAGUGCUCCCAAAGGUCAAGCCCAUAAACGCCCAAGAACAGCAAGAGCAACCCGAAUUGAAAUUGGAGGAAGCAACUGACUUUUUGUUGAACAACUAUGAAUUGUUGCUGUGUGGCAAUCUUGAUGAGGGAGAUCAAGGGCCAAAUCAAGAAUCGGACAGGUCAAUCUCACAGAGCUCUAAUUCAAUUUGCAUGGAGGAUUCUUCACAGAACCAGUCUAAUUCCAAUGGAGAGUCUAAUUGCUCAUCAUCAUCACUCCAAGAACACAACAAUGGGGGUGGUGUCCGACGAUGCAUUGAUAGUGUGGACUCUAUGCUCUCAUGGGAUGGCUUUGAUUUCUUGGAACAAGAUCUCUUCUUUGAAGACAGAUUUUGA